AUGGCUGAUCUCCUGCUGCUAGUCGUUCUCAUGUAUUCUUUUCAUGAAAUUAAAGCACAAGCCAGUCUUCCGCCUGAACUAAUGGUGAAUCCACCUGCAAUCACAGAGACAGACUCAGUCACACUGAGCUGUCAGACUCCAUCAUCUGUUUCUGUGCCUCAGUGUGAUUUCUACAUUGCAAGCCAGAAACUGUCCAAAGGUUCCUCCUGUGUGCAGACACUGACAGGGACUGAGCUCUUGAAGACUGCACAUAAGAGUUUACCAGCUGCGGUUGAAGUGAGAUGUUCUUACACUGUACAAAUUGAUACUUUUAAACAUACAUCUCCUGACAGCGAGCCAUCCACCAUCAACAUAAACAAUCUUCGUCCACCUAAACUGACAGUAAACCCACAGAAGAUCACAGAGACAGACUCAGUCACAGUGAACUGUCAGACUCCAUCAUCUGUUCCUGUGUCUCAGUGUUAUUUCAUCAUUUCAGGAGAUAAAACUGCCAGAACAGCUCCUUGUCUGCGGACUCUCACAGGGUCUGAAUUUCUGUCAUGGACACGUCAACGUUCACCUGUUACACUUGAAAUGACCUGUUAUUACACUUAUAUAUAUAAAUCUCCAGUGAGUAACAUGUCACCAAUCACAAUACAAACCCCCCGUCCCAAACUUAGAGUGAAUCCACGGAUGGUCACAGAAACAGACUCAGUCACAGUGAACUGUCAGACUCCAUCUUCUGUUAAUGUGUCGGAGUGUUUUUUGUACUUCAUGAGAAGAAGAAAAUCUACGUCCAUCUCCUGUCAGCAGACACUUACAGGAACUGAGCUCCUCUCUAUGGCACAGCAGAGUUCACCUGCUGAGUUUGAAGUGACAUGUCUUUACAUGUCUCAGCAUAUAGGAGGACAAUACCAGUCUCCUCACAGCAACAAAUAUUCCAUCAGCAUACAAAGUAAGUGA